AUGUCAGGCUGCACGUCACGUCUUCCGCUCUUCAUUCAAUCGCGACUCGCCCACGAUGCGGACGAGCGAUCAAUAGCAAAUGCUCCCAUGUCCAGUCAGUCAUCCAGGCGCCCUUCGCCAUCACCUCACAGCCCGGCCGUUGCCUCUUCCAGCCGCCAUGCGAGCCUUAUGGACGAUGAUUCCGAUGAUGGCCUCGAGCUGCACAACGAAGAGCUGCUGGCGGCCGAAGAUCCCAUGAGCCAUGGCGACAUCUCCUUCAAGCGCAGGAAUCCCAUCGUCGCCAAGCCCUCUCUAGCCUCACGCUUUCUCUCGUCUCCAUUCGGCGGGAGUAGAUCGAACACGCCGCCCGUUCUGACCCCCUCGACGUCCGAUACCGCGGGAUCUCCGGGGCCCCGCUCUCCGCCAAAUCGUCGCCGAGCCCGUGCAGGAACAUAUCCCACACCCAAUACAGUCCUUUCCUAUCUAGACACCUCUUCGGGUGAUGUUCAAGACACAAAAGACGGUGGCAGCCUUGAUUGGUACGUCGAGGGUCCCGGCAGAAGAGUGGGAUACGACAACUUAACCUCGAUCGACUGGAUCUACGAGUAUGGCAGGGAGCGCCUUCGUCAGAGGCAAUUGAUCAUAAACUCUCCGGGACUGCUGGGCCAGCUGCGAUUAAUAGCGGAUGGAAGUCAGAUAUGGGUCAUUCUGGUCCUCACCGGCAUCGCAGUCGGCAGCAUUGCUGCGGGAAUCGAUGUAGCAAGUGACUGGCUGGGAGAUCUCAAGACGGGAAUUUGUCACAACACCGGCGAUGAAGAUGGCAGGUGGUAUCUUAACAGAUUGUUCUGCUGCUGGGGAGUCGAAAUGUAUGCCCAAUGUCCAAGCUGGAGAUCGUGGAGCAAUGUCCUGGGCAUCGGGAACAAGGGAGGCAGCUAUAUCGUGGAGUACAUCACCUUUGUCCUGUUCUCGGUGCUCUUCGCGUCUUGUGCGAGUCUGCUGGUCAAUCGGUACAGCAUCUACGCCAAACAAAGCGGCAUUCCAGAGAUCAAAACUUUGCUUGGGGGGACCGUGAUUCGACGCUUUCUGGGGCUCUGGACAUUGAUCGUCAAGUCUCUCGGGCUCUGUCUGGCUGUUGCGUCAGGCAUGUGGCUUGGAAAGGAGGGACCUCUGGUGCACGUCGCCUGCUGCUGUGCAAACUUGUUCAUGAAACUCUUCCCCAGCAUCAGCACCAACGAGGCUAGAAAACGCGAGACUUUGAGCGCUGCAGCCGCGAGUGGUAUCUCUGUUGCAUUUGGCUCUCCGAUAGGAGGUGUGCUCUUUAGUCUGGAGCAGCUUUCCUACUACUUUCCUGAUAAAACCAUGUGGGCAUCUUUCGUCUGCGCCAUGGUGGCAGCCGUCACACUGCAAGCAUUUGACCCUUUUCGGACUGGACAACUGGUUCUCUACCAAGUCACAUAUCACUCCGGCUGGCACGCCUUCGAACUGAUCCCAUUCGCGACUAUCGGUAUCAUUGGAGGAUUGUACGGAGCCAUGUUCAUUAAGCUCAAUAUGCGUAUAGCCUCCUGGAGAGCUUCUCCCUCCUACUGGCUCGCCAAGCACCCUGUGUUGGAGGUCGUUGCCGUCGCCCUACUGACGGCCCUCAUCUCUUACCCGAUCACGUUCCUCCGGGCGCAGAGCUCUGAAUUGGUAGAAUAUCUCUUCGCCGAAUGUCGCGACAUCACAGACGACCUCCUCGGCCUGUGUAAGAGCGGCGUGGCGAACACAGGCGUCAUUCUUAUGCUUCUUGUUUCAGCCGCGUUCGGGUUUCUCCUCGCAAGCAUGACCUUUGGGCUUCAGAUACCUGCAGGAAUCCUCUUACCUUCAAUGGCUAUAGGUKCUCUCUACGGAAGAGUCAUUGGUCUGAUCGUUGAGGUCUGGCAGCGUGAGCAUCCUGGGUUCAUCGUUUUCGCAGCUUGCGAGCCGGAUGUUCCCUGCGUCACACCUGGUACCUACGCAGUCAUUGGCGCAGCUUCUGCUCUCGCAGGUGCCACGCGUAUGACGGUGUCUAUCGUAGUCAUCAUGUUUGAGCUUACUGGCGCAUUGACAUAUGUCUUGCCCAUCAUGAUCGCCGUCAUGAUCUCGAAAUGGGUCGGAGACGGCUUCGGCAAGAGAGGAAUCUAUGAGAGCUGGAUCGCCUUCCAAGGCUACCCAUUCCUUGACAACAAAGACGAUGCGCCAAUCCCAGAUAUCCCCGUCAGCGAUGUCAUGACCCGAGCAGAAGAUCUCAUCAGCAUAACGGCCACGGGACACACAAUUUCCAGCUUGAGAGAGCUCCUGCAGGAGCAUCAUUUCCGCGGUUUCCCGGUAAUCUCUUCAGAUGCCGACGCCACAUUACUGGGAUACAUUUCCCGCACUGAAUUGACUUUUGCACUUGAUUCUGCCGGAAGCGCAACUCGGUCUCUUCCUCCGGAUACAGAGUGUUUCCUGCAGCAUCAGCCUCUUGCAGACCCUACAGUUACUCUAGAUCUGAGACCUUGGAUGGACCAGACUCCGAUUACAUUGAACUCGCGGAGCAGUCUGAUGCUCACGAAUGAAAUGUUUCAGAAGCUGGGACUGCGAUAUGUGGUCUUCUCUGAUCGUGGGAGGUUGGCGGGUUUGUGCACGAAAAAGGAUCUUUGGUUUGUGUUGAAUGACGGUCGAGCAGAGCAUUCUGCUGUUGACGGCGGGUUUGCUGCUCGGGAAAGAGGUUGGGAUGGUAGGGAUGAUGAGGAAGAGGAGAGGGAUCGUGGUGGCUAG